AUGCCACUUCCUCGUAACGAUAUGCAACACUGCGUAGCGGCUCCACGAAUCACACUCAACCUCAGCGUUGACACACACCUCAAAUUUGUCACAAUAUUGACGAUUCAUCUUCACACGCGAAAACCGCCGCAAGUUUCACCAAACGCCGAUGAAACACACUCCGACACACAUUCGAUUUCAACCGCACAAGCGGCCAGCCAACGCCCACUCGCCCGCCAUAAGCAACCUCCGAUCUCUUCUAUUAAAACUCCCCGACGUACAUCUUCAUCUUGCCGGCCACUCCACCGUGCCGCCACUACGAAUCGAGCUAGAGCACCUCCCUGCACGUGUUCCGACGGUCCCUUCACAAAGCCACUGCAUCAGAAUCGCAACCCUUCACUUAAUGUUGUUGAUUUUGGGAUGAAAAGACUGGUUGAAUCUGGUGUGAUAAGAAGAAAGAGAGAUUAUGUGUUUCUUUGUUUUACCUUCUAUUAA